AUGGAGUUGGUCUCCGUCACCUCAGACUACCUCAAUGGACAUUUUGGUCUCCAGGUGGGAAAGUCCGACGAUGUGGCAAUUACUCUGGCAGUCUGCGAGGGUCAUCCGAGCAGUGUUCACAUGUGCCUUGCCUAUUCUGGAACGCCAUUCUGUUGUGCAGUAUCCAAACAAGCCAUCCAGCAAGCAAUCUGGGAGUGGAGCAGUGACCGCCUAUUCGUGUUGCAUGAGGUGAUUACUGAAAAUUGA